CAAAGUAGGCGCGGUGAAGAAGUGGGCACGGAAGGCAAAAUUUUGACAGCCUAUUACAUUGUUUACGUUUUUUGUCAAAGAAAAGCAAUGAAAAGUAUGACCGAAACAGUCGUGCUUUGGUGGUGGUGUUUUAUAUGACGUCACCAUCAACUUGAAUUUAAAUCUUUUGUUUUUGUUUUAGAGUGGCAAACAACAGUGGCUGUUUUUCAAUCUCCUCGAGCAAAAGCCGUGAAGCCGUGAAGUAGUACGGCUGGACGGAUCGAACUAGCAGAACAAAAGGGUAAAGGGUUGGGAAAAACCUUUAUCGCAGCGGUUGUGAUGUACAAUCUAUACCGGUGGUAUCCAACCGGGAAGGUUAUCUUCAUGGCACCGACUAGACCGCUGGUAAAUCAGCAGAUCGAAGCAUGCUACAAGAUCAUGGGUAUUCCCAAGGAAGAUACCGCCGAAAUGACGGGGAAACAGCUGAGGAAGAACCGCUCCGAGCUGUGGCAAACUAAACGGGUGUUCUAUGUUACACCACAGGUCAUCUUAGCGGAUAUCAAUUCUCCGGAACAAAACUUCCCCACCGAUAGUAUCAAACUGGUAGUGAUCGAUGAGGCCCACAAAGCUAAAGGUCGAUACGCUUACACCGAGGUCAUUAAAGCAAUAUCGGCUACCAAUAAGCAGUUUCGUGUGCUAGCCUUGUCAGCAACACCAGGCCGUACCUUGGAGGAUGUGGCCGAGGUUCUACGAAAUCUGCUAAUAUCACACAUCGAAGUUCGAUGGGAAAAUUCUAUUGAUGUUUCGCCGUACACAUUUAAGAAGAACAUUCGAACCGUCGUCAUACCACUUGGUCCCACACUGAGUCAGAUUCAGAUACUGAACGUUUUAUGAAGCCAGCCAUAAAAGUUUUUUUGACAAACCAGAAUGAAACAUACAAUGACCAAAACAGUUUCGUUAUUGAAUCCUUAUCUUCUGCUAACCAUUUUUUUUUUUAAUUAUUUUUUGAAGGUGCUAUAGAGAUGAAAAAAUGUCAGAAUCAAGCAGAAAUAAUCUAUAAUUUAGAAUAUUUUCUUGUCAGGUCAUAGACAAUUUUGUUUUGAAUUUUCCUAAUAUUUCGUUUGAACUUCCUUUUUGUUUGUUAUAUCUUCUGUAGUCGAAAAAACUGACCACAAUACAAAUUCAAAGUUCAGGCGAUCCUCUCCGUACUACUAGGCAAAAGCUUCAGAUGCCUCUCGUUGGUUUUCCUUUUCAGAUGGAAUUACCAUAUUUAUAACACCAUAUCAGGCUACUAUUUACUUUAUUUUCAUGAUGUUAAAACAUUAUUAGGAUACUGUUUAUUCGAAAAAUCUAUGUUGUCCGGUCAUAGGCGGUGUCCGGCCAUAGACGAGUUCCCCCUACACCUAUAAAAAUAAUAUUUGGCGGCAUUUCUAUUCUUGGUAAAUCUCUAGCCUUCGCCCGCCUGAUAUCGAAAUUCAUUGAGGACUAAUUACUAAUUCAUUUCGGUGUAACAUGUGUUUCAAGCGACAGUUCGAUUUGACUCCUAACGUGUGGGUGCUGUAGCCUUGAAUA